AUGAAGACCACUUGGAAGGAUAUCGCUCCGGUUCCUACCUCCCAAGAAUUUAUCGACAUUGUUCUCAGCCGAACCCAGCGGCGACUACCUACGCAGAUUCGUGCGGGCUUCAAGAUCAGCAGAAUUAGAAGCUUCUACACUCGCAAGGUCAAAUUCACCGCCGAGACAUUCAGCGAAAAACUUCAGGCCAUCCUUGAAGGAUUCCCGCGGCUGCAAGAUAUCCAUCCUUUCCAUAAAGAUCUCCUCAACACUCUUUACGAUGCCGACCAUUUCAAGAUCGCGUUAGGCACGCUAUCCACAGCCAAGCGGCUGAUAGAGACCGUGGCUAGAGAUUAUGUCCGGUUGUUGAAAUAUGCUCAGUCUUUGUUCCAAUGCAAAUCUCUCAAGCGGGCUGCCCUCGGUCGGAUGGCCACAAUUUGCAGGAGAUUGAAAGAUCCCCUGGUGUACCUGGAGCAAGUUCGACAGCAUUUGGGACGUCUUCCCGCCAUCGACCCCAACACCCGGACACUGCUCAUCUGCGGCUACCCCAAUGUUGGCAAGUCGAGUUUUCUCAAAUCCGUCACUCGCGCCGACGUGGAUGUGCAACCGUACGCAUUUACGACAAAAUCACUCUUCGUGGGACACUUUGAUUACAAGUAUCUGAGAUUCCAGGCCAUCGACACACCAGGUAUCCUCGAUCACCCUCUUGAGGAAAUGAAUACGAUCGAAAUGCAGUCGAUCACUGCGAUUGCUCACUUGAGAUCAGCCAUUCUCUACUUUAUGGAUCUUUCUGAACAGUGCGGUUACUCCGUGUCCGCGCAAAUGGCUCUUUUCAACUCCAUCAAACCACUGUUCGCCAACAAACUUGUCUUUAUCGUGAUCAACAAGACGGAUGUUAUGAAGCCGGAAGAUCUCGACCCGGAAACACAACAACAACUGAAUGACCUGCUCACUCAAAAUUCCAACACCGAGCUUCUGCAGCUGUCAUGUGUUACCAAUGAAGGAGUACAAGAAGUCAAGAACACUGUCUGUGACCGAUUGAUUGCCGAUCGCGUGGCAGCUAAGCUCAAGGCUGGGCAAGCGUCUCAACCAUCCGGCGCCGAUGCUCUUACCGGACGCCUUGGCGAUCUUCUCGCUAGGAUUCACGUGGCCAGGCCUAUGGAAGGUUCUGUUAGCGAGACGUACAUUCCGGAAGCCGUGAAGAAAGGCACCUACAAGAAAUACGACAAGGCUGAUCCGGAGAGAAGGAAACUUGAGCGGGAAAUCGAAGAAGAAAACGGUGGUGCCGGUGUGUACAAUGUGGAUCUCAAGAAGAUCUACGAUCUGGCAGACUCCGAAUGGAAUCACGACAAGGUCCCGGAAUUCUUCCACGGCAAAAACAUUGCUGACUAUGUUGACCCGGACAUCGAGGAGAAGUUGGCGGCACUCGAAGCAGAAGAGGAGCGCUUGGAGGCCGAAGGGUUCUAUGACGAGAGCGAGAGUAUGGAAGAUGAGGACGACGCCGAGAUCCGAAUGAAGGCCAAUCUGAUCCGUAACAAGCGCACCUUGAUCAUGAACGAGGCCCGAAUGAAGAAGAGUCUCAAGAACAAGGCGCACAUCCCGCGAGCCAAGAAGGCCCGGACGGUGGGCCAGAUGGAAAAGCAUUUCAACUCGAUCGGUCUGGACUCGGCUGCUCCUGUCGAUCGAGCCCGAGCGCAGAUCCGCAAUGUUCGGCCUGAAUCGACGGCGGGUGAUCAUAUGGACCUCGACACACCCUCGGCAAGGGCCAGGUCUGUGUCCCGGGCACCCAAGACGAACAGACUGACGGAUGGGUUGGGUGUCAGUGCCAGUGGCAUCACCGACCCGGUGAAGCGCGACAAGGCAGAGCGGAUGUCGAAAUUGGGCCAGAGACAGAGGAACCGCAUGGCCAGACAGGGAGAGGCUGAUCGACAUGAAACGGCAUCGCUGCCCGCUCAUUUGCUUAAGGGCAAGAGAACCAUGGGAUCCUCUAGAUCGCGUUGA